GUCACAUGACCCACCACGUGAUCAAAACAUCCCGGUCUGAUUUUCCCGCGAAGCUCAUUUAGACUCAAAGUAGAAACAAAUGCGUAAAAAUAUUAAGACACAAGUAGUUUUAGAGAAUUAAAGUGAUUGAAGAUGUUCUGUGAAAAGGCCAUGGAGCUGAUCCGGGAACUGCACCGGAUGAACGACGGACAGUUACCGGCGUUUAACGAGGACGGUCUGCGUCAGGUUCUUCAGGAGAUGGAGUCUCUGUAUGAACAGAACCAGGCUGAUGUAAAUGAGGCGAAGGGUGAGGGUCGAGCCGACUUGAUUCCAUCCAUUAAACUUCGCCACUGCUGUCUGCUGAGGAACCAGCGCUGCCUCGUCGCCUACCUGUACGAUCGUCUGCUGAGGAUCAGAGCUCUGCGGUGGGAGUACGGCAGUGUUUUACCUCCAAAUAUCAGGUUCCAUAUGUGUUCAGAGGAGCUGCAGUGGUUCAGUCAGUAUAAAAAGUCUUUGGCCUCCUUCAUGCGAUCUCUGGGAGCGGGGGAGGGGCUGGACAUCACUCAGGACAUGAAACCUCCCAAGAGCCUCUACAUCCAGGUGAGGUGUUUAAAGGACCACGGAGAGUUGGAAAUCGACGACGGGACCGUGAUUCUGCUGAAGAAGAACAGUCAGCACUUCCUACCAAGAUGGAAAUGCGAGCAGCUGAUUCGUCAGGGCGUUUUAGAGCAUGUGGUGUCGUGACACGUUGAUGUUUCCACCUGAAGACACUUAAUUCUUCACGUCUGAAAAGUGAAUAAAGUUCAUUUGAGAAA